UUUUCUUACUUACAUUUUUAAAUUUAAACUCGAAUCAUGUGUGGUAUUUUUGGUUAUGUUAACUUCUUGGUUGAUAGAACAAGAGGAGAAAUUGUUGAUAAUCUUAUUGAAGGUUUACAAAGAUUAGAAUAUAGAGGGUAUGAUUCAAGUGGUAUUGCCAUUGAUGGAGACCAAAAGGGAUCAAAUAUUAUUGUUAAAACCCCUGGUAAAGUUCAAGUUUUAAAACAAAAAAUCAUCGAUGAUAAAAUUGAGCGUUCCACCAUUUUUGAUAAUCAUGUUGGUAUUGCUCAUACCAGAUGGGCUACUCACGGUCAACCAAUGAUUGAAAAUUGUCAUCCUCACAGAUCUGAUCCAUCGGGUGAAUUUAUAGUUGUUCAUAAUGGUAUUAUUACUAAUUAUAGAGCUUUGAAAACUUUAUUAUUAUCAAAAGGUUUUGAAUUUGAAUCAGAAACCGAUACUGAAUGUAUUGCUAAAUUAUUCAAACACGUUUAUGAUACCAACUUAAAAGCUGGUAUUUCUUUGGAUCUUAAUGAAUUGACUAAACAAGUUUUAUACGAAUUAGAAGGUUCUUAUGGUUUAUUAGUUAAAUCCGUUCAUUAUCCUGGUGAAGUCUGUGGUACCAGAAAAGGUUCUCCUCUUUUAGUUGGGGUUAAAACUGAAAAAAAAUUAAAAGUUGAUUUUGUUGAUGUUGAAUUUCCUGAUCCAAAACAACAAGCUCAACAAGAUGCUGCCAUUAACCAUGCUAAACACCAUGGUUCUAUUCCAGAAGGUUUAUUACCUUUGGCUUCCAAUGAAUCUAAUUUAAGAACUUCUCAAUCAAGAGCCUUCUUGGCCGAUGAUGGGGUUCCAAUGCCAGUAGAAUUCUUUUUAUCUUCGGAUCCUGCUUCAGUUAUUCAACACACUAAAAAAGUUUUAUUUUUAGAAGAUGAUGAUAUUGCUCAUAUUUAUGAUGGUGAAUUACAUAUUCAUAGAGCUAAAAAAUCUGCUGGUGAAUCUACAACCAGACAAAUUCAAACUUUAGAAAUGGAAUUAAAUGAAAUUAUGAAAGGUCCUUAUAAUCAUUUCAUGCAAAAGGAAAUUUUUGAACAACCAGAUUCUACUUUUAAUACUAUGAGAGGUAGAAUUGACUUUAAUAAUGAUAUUGUUACUUUAGGUGGAUUAAAAGCUUGGUUACCAACUAUUAGAAGAUGUAGAAGAAUCAUUAUGAUUGCUUGUGGUACUUCCUAUCACUCUUGUUUGGCAACAAGAUCUAUUUUUGAAGAAUUAACCGAAAUACCAGUUAGUGUUGAAUUAGCUUCCGAUUUCUUAGAUCGUAAGUCUCCAGUCUUCAGAGAUGAUACUUGUGUCUUCGUUUCUCAAUCCGGUGAAACCGCUGAUUCCAUUUUAGCUUUACAAUACUGUUUAGAUAGAGGUGCUUUAACUGUUGGUAUUGUUAACUCGGUUGGUUCUUCAAUGUCAAGACAAACUCAUUGUGGGGUUCAUAUUAACGCUGGUCCAGAAAUUGGGGUUGCUUCCACCAAAGCUUACACUUCACAAUAUAUUGCAUUAGUUAUGUUUGCCCUUUCAUUAUCAAAUGAUUCAAUUAGUAAGAAAAAUCGUCAUCAUGAAAUUAUUCAAGGUUUACAAAAAAUUCCUGAUCAAAUUAAAAAAGUUUUAAAUUUGGAAAAUCAAAUUAAAGAUUUAUGUGAUGCUACUCUUAAUGAUCAAAAAUCUUUAUUACUUUUAGGUAGGGGUUAUCAACAUGCAACUGCUUUAGAAGGUGCUCUUAAAAUUAAAGAAAUUAGUUAUAUGCAUUCUGAAGGGGUUUUAGCUGGUGAAUUAAAACAUGGGGUUUUAGCCUUAGUCGAUGAUAAAUUACCAAUCAUUGCUUUCGCCACUAGAGAUUCUUUAUUCCCUAAAGUUAUGUCUGCAAUUGAACAAGUUACCGCUAGAGAUGGUAGACCAAUCAUUAUUUGUAAUGAAGGUGAUAAAACUGUUUCUGAUGGUAAAGCUUUUGCAACUUUGCAAGUUCCUUUAACCGUUGAUUGUUUACAAGGUUUAUUAAAUGUUAUUCCUUUACAAUUAAUGAGUUAUUGGUUGGCUGUUAAUAGAGGUAUUGACGUUGAUUUCCCUCGUAACUUGGCUAAAUCCGUCACCGUCGAAUAAUUUUAAUCUUCAUUUCACCAUAUAGUCUUUUUUUUUUUUGUUUGUUCAGCCUCUUGUUUUUAUUUAUUGGUCUCUCUCUUCUUUAUUCACUUCAUUAAUAU